AAGGCAAAAGUGGACAGACUUAAGCUCCAACUCAACAGAGUAAAGGAACAUCAGAAACUGUUUCAUCCUGAAAAACCAGCUCCUCUCAACAGCAAAGGCCGGCUGAGCGCUCUGUGCUGGACGGAGAUGGCCUGGGUGCUGGUUGCUGCCUUUUGCCUUCUGAGCGGUGCCUACGCCCAGGACUGGGGUGUGACACUCGCACCAGGGCCCCUUGAUGGAUGGGCCGGCUCCUGCGUGACCAUCCCCUGCUCCUUCACCUACCCCGCAGGGUGGACGGUGAGUGCCGUGAGCUGGACACGGGACAGGGUUCAAACCGUGUAUCACUCAGACGAGGCUCGUGUCCACACUGCCUUCAAGGGGCGUGUCCGCUAUCUGGGGGACCUGCAGCACAACUGCUCCCUGCAUCUGGACGAGCUGCGCCCCAAGGAUCAGGGCACCUACCGCUUCCGGUUUGAGACAGUCGGCGAUGGCAAGAAUGACGCAUGGAUGAGUGAGCCAGGACAGCGACUCCGUGUCUUUGAUGAUCCGUGCCAGCCCUCCCUGGGGCGCCAACCGGAACCGGGACCCUCCCUCACCUGCUCCGUCGGGGCCGCCUGCCGCUAUCACCCCUCCUGGUAUGACCGAGAUGGCGCGCGGCGAAGCCCACAGCAAACCCUGGACAGGGCUGGGACAACCGAGCUGCGAAUAUCCCCAUCCCAGCUGGACCCCGGCAUGGCGCUGAGAUGCCAGGUGGAUGGAUACAGGGAUGCGUGUGACUGUGCCCAUUCCCAGCCCCUGGGGACAGUCGUCCCCAACGUGCCCAGGGUCGAGGUUUCGUGGCCGGCAGGGAAGGCAGCGCUGAGGGAAGGCGACGGUUUUACUCUCCGCUGCCGGGCUGCUGCCCUGUGGCCCGUCGCCGGGUACGUCUGGUCCCGCGGGGACGUGUGGAUGCCAGAAGCCAGGCAGGAUUUACGUGUUGACAAGGCAGCCGUCUCUGACGGAGGGAGCUACGCGUGCGGGGUCUGGGUCUCCGGCCCCGGCUGCGGGUGUCUGAGCCUCUCUGCGAGGGAAUCGGUCGAAGUUCAGCCAGGUGCCUACGCCCAGGAGUGGAAAGUGACACUCGCUCCAGGGCCCCUUGCUGGAUGGGUCGGCUCCUGCGUGACCAUCCCCUGCUCCUUCACCUACCCCGCAGGGUGGAACAUCAAGGCCGUGAGCUGGACACGGGACUGGGAUCAAACCGUGUAUCGCUCGGACAAAGCUCGUUUCCACGCUGACUUCAAGGGGCGCGUCCGCUACCUGGGGGACCUGCAGCACAACUGCUCCCUGCGGGUGGCGAGGCUGCACCCCAGCGAUCGGGGCACCUACCGCUUUUGGUUCUACACAGCAGGCAAUGGCAGGAGCGACGUAUGGAUGGGUCAGCCAGGACAGUGGCUCAGUAUCUCUGGUAACCAGGUUCUGUCCAGCACCCCCUGUUCAAGCAGGGACGUUGGUUAACCUCAGAGAGGGCACCAUGUGUGUGCGCACACAGAGAGCAGGGCUCAUCCCCUCCAGCAGGGGGCAGCAGGGACACACACAGACCCCAUCUCUGCCUCGUUCUGAAAUCCAAGUGGUUAGAGCUGGGAUCCAGGACUCCUGGGUUCUCUCCCCAGCUCUAGGGGAAGUUGGGGAUAGUGGUUAGAGCAAGGGGGACUUGUGGGUCACACUCCUGGGCUGUGUUGUCAGGCCUCAGUCCCCAUCACUCUGUCUAACCCUUGGCCUGUGCUGAAGAGCUGCUGAGACUGACCCUGCAGCCAGCGUAAUGCACCAGGCGUGAGGGGCUCUCAGGUGGAGCCCGAUAGUGGGACUGGGGCCCUGCAGGACCCCCCGGCAGAACAGUGGGAUCAGGUAAAAUGUGCUUUGUUGUGGGGGGGUUCGGGUGUGAAAAAUUACAGGCUGCGGGAAUUGGCUGGAAAACACUAAAUCUCAUCAAUGUAUCAACAGUCGCCUACUGGGGAAAUUGCUAAAUAUUUCUGUGAGCUUCUCUUUCCUCUCCAUGUUUCUCUCCCUCGCUCCAAACCUUGGGAAAUGCACCAGCCCAAGUCAGGUCAGAGACGCGUUCUGUGAUAACAGGAGUUACAGUGUGUUUGUACCUGGCUCAAGCAAGAUUUGUUUUAUUCUUUUAGUGGUAAAAAUUGUGUCUGAAUUCCGUUGGUAUCGAUCAUAUCUUCACCCACUGGUUUCUGUUAGUUGGUUGGUUUUUAGCAGCAUGCGGAAAUCAGUCUCUCUUGCAGAAACAACGAGGAGUCCUUGUGGCAC